UGCUUUUUUGUCGCAUUAUACAACUCUUCUUCUACUUUGAUCAACUUCCCUCACUUCCUUACGUAAAUUCUCAUUAAAGCAACACUCACAUUCUCACACAAACAAAAAAACAAAACUUUCUCCUUAUUCUCUUUAUUGUGAUCACUCUGUUCAUGUCAAACACAAAAACAAACAUGGUUCUCUUUCUUCUUUUCCUAGUCACACUACUCUUAACAAUGGCAACCCCAUCAAUCUCCGACACCAAUUCUUUCGUCUUCGGCGGUUGUUCUCGUCUCAAAUUCUCACCAGGUUCAUCUUAUGAAACCAGCGUUAACUCCAUCCUCACCUCACUAGUUAACACGGCCACCUUCACUAACUACAACAAUUUCACCGUUCCCGGAACCGCCGCGUCGGAAACCGUAUACGGUCUUUUUCAGUGCCGUGGUGAUUUGAACAAUGAUCAGUGUUCAACUUGUGUGGCGCGUGCGGUGAGUCAACUCGGUACACUCUGUUUUUCUACCUACGGUGGCGCGUUGCAGCUCGAAGGAUGUUUCGUAAAGUACGAUAAUGUUACGUUUAUUGGGGUAGAGGACAAGACGGAAGUGAUCAAGAAAUGUGGACCGUCGAUUGGGUUGACUUCUGAUGCGUUUACUAGAAGAGAUGCUGUGCUGGCUUAUUUACAGACGUCCGAUGGAACUUCUUACAAAAGUUUUAGGUCCACUUAUUCUGGGGAUUUUCAGGCUGUGGCGCAGUGUACGGGGGAUUUGAGUUCAAGCGAGUGUCAGGAUUGCGUUUCUGAUGCUAUCCAACGGUUGAAAAUUGAGUGUGGCUCUUCCACUUGGGGGCAGGUUUAUUUGGCUAAGUGCUACGCGCGAUACACUGAAGGUGGAGUUCACUCGCGUGGCGGUAACGAUGAUGACAAUCACAAUGAUGAUGAAAUUGAGAAGACACUAGCCAUACUAAUUGGACUCAUUGCUGGUGUUGCUCUAAUCAUCAUUUUCCUAUCCUUCUUGAACAAGGUGUGCGAAAAGCAGAGAGGUGGUAAAUAAUAUAAUUGAACUAUUGUCCCUGCUUUUUUUCUUUCUGGUAAAUUAUUUGUAUUUCUCCCUUUUAUUUUUGUAUUAAAUCCUUUGUAAGUUUCCACUACGAUUCCCUUUUAUAAAGAUUGCCAAGUGAAGGUAUAUAGAUAGAAAUAUCUUGUGGAAAAGAUGUUCUUUUGAAAAAAAGUUACAUGAUGAGUUACAAUAAGGUGAAAAGACUCAAUUCCACUCUCUUUUUAUGACCACUUAGUGUCCACCAAUUUGUAUAAAUAGUGAACAUUUAAGUGAAAAGUGCAACAUGUUAUAUUAUAGCCUUUAACAA